ACUAGUUCCGAUGUGCACGAUAUUAGGCUGCCUCGCGGAUCACACAUAAAAUCAAUUUUUUUACAACGAAAAACGAAAGAAAAUUCAAUUAAACGACAGUGCAAACUGAAUUAAUUGUUCAUUGUAUUCGUUAAAGUUUCCGUCUUGUACGUGCGACACAUUGAAAGGGUUCGAUUACCCAGAGAUUAUUUGUAGAGUGUUUAAAAUAAAGCCGCAAAAGUGGAUACCGAUACCGUAAAAAUUGAGGAUUUGAUGGACUCUGAUCCUGACAUUGAGUUCAUUGAAAAGGAUAGCGGGAUGUCUUCAUUGGGUGGCAGCAAAGACGAGACGCCAGAGCGCCGCACAGUGGCAAUUCCUACAAAUGAGCCACAGUCGGAGGCAGAGAAUUAUGAUGAUGAACCCGAUGAAACGUUUGGCGAACGCAUGCUGGGAUUGACGGAAAUGUUUCCGGAAUCGGUGCGCAAUGUGGCCAGUGCUGUAUCCAAUGCCACGGUGAAGAGCUGCCGCAGCCUUUAUCAGUUCUCAUGCAAUGCAUCAUGGAUAUUCUUCACCAGUUCCGUCAUUUUAUUUGCUCCCGUCAUCUUUGAGACGGAACGUGCCCAGAUGGAGGAGCUGCACAAGUCGCAGCAGAAGCAAGUGUUGUUGGGUCCUGGCAGCGCCAUGGCCGCAACUGGACCAUCGCCCAGUUUACCAUUGAUUCGUUAAUUAACCAUUUUUGAUUAUAUCCAUACUACUACUAUAUACGUUAGUUCUAUUAACCAGCGGGACUCCAGAUUAGAUGGAAUGGAAUGCCACAUGCUAGAUUUUAAGUCAAUCAGUUAGUCCAAGUCCCUGCCAGUGAAUAUAAUAAACACGCAGCAAAUAGAAAUUCCAAUAAUCAACAGUAACAGCAACAACAACAACUACAAUACAAACAUACAUACAAACAGCAUUUAAGCUGCCAUUCAUUGAAAAACUAUUGCAAUCAACUCGGAGAUCAUUUGAAUUAGUUGGCAGAACUUCAGCUAGGGUUUAGUACGAGUAUAUUUGUAGUUGGCCAACACACACACACACACACCAAAACAUCAAGUACUGUUUAAACAAAUUAAUAAAAAUACGUUUAUUAAGAGUUAAAUCCAGGCAUCG